GGGGCAGGUUGUACGCCUGGAGGCGCGAGGGGUGGGUGCUGUGGGGGGAAGGUUGGUGGCCGUGGCUCCGGGGGUGCGCUGGUGACCAAAGAUUUGACGUCAUGACUGGAAUACCCAAACUUUGCUAUUUUAAUGGGAGAGGCAAAAUGGAAUCGAUUCGUUGGUUGUUAGCAGCCGCUGGGGUUGAGUUUCAAGAAGAAUUUUUGGAAACAAGGGAACAAUUUGAGAAGCUCUUACAAGAUGGAGCCCUGCUCUUUCAACAAGUGCCCUUGGUGGAAAUCGACGGGAUGAAGAUGGUGCAGACCAGAGCGAUUCUCAGCUACCUAGCAGCAAAAUACAACCUCUAUGGAAAGGACCUGAAGGAGAGAGCACUGAUUGACAUGUAUGUGGAAGGAACAACUGACCUAAUGGGGCUAAUUUUAAUGUGCCCUUUUUUAUCAUCCGAAGAGAAGGAGAAGCAGCACACUGUAAUAAUCCAGAAGGCCACAAACAGAUACUUCCCAGUCUAUGAAAAGGUUUUAAAAGACCAUAGACAAAAUUUUCUUGUUGGUAAUCAGUUCAGCUGGGCGGAUGUUCAUCUGCUUGAAGCCAUUUUAAUGGUAGAGGAGAAGAAUUCCAGUGUUCUCUCAGAGUUCCCUCAGUUACAGGCUUUUAAAGCAAGAAUAAGCAAUAUCCCCACAAUUAAGAAAUUUCUGGAGCCUGGCAGCCAGAGGAAACCUGUCCCGGAUGAUAAAUAUGUGGAGACUGUGAGGCGAGUUCUCCAAAUGUACUUUUAAUAUGUAAACAAAUUACUGUGGUUGGUUAAAAUAGCAGUGAUGAGCUCAAUGCUAGCAAAUACUCACACUUAAACUGAAAGAAAUUGCUUAGAAUGUACAUGGGCUGGUAAACUGAAUAGAUAAAGCUAUAUCCCAUUUGAAUGGCAUAGCUCUCUGAGCAAUAUGGAGCAAUUGAGAUGUAGAUAACAAAUACAAAACACAAUAUUCAAAUAUUAAUUUCUGAACUGCUUGUCUGCAUUUAGUAAAUAUAGUUUUAUUAAAUUUAUUUUGCUGUCCCAAGUUAAUGAAAUGAAUACACACAUCAUCUAUCCAGAAAACUUGGAUUUAUUUGAGGGGGGGAAGGUGGUGAAGCCUCCAGGAUCAUUUUUCACCAGUAUAAGGGUUUUCUGCCAUCUCCACAAUUCUGAUAAGACUUCACUGGGAUGAAAGGUUCUUUUUCAAGCUUGCACUUAGCUUUUCCAUGGUGGACUUAUCCCUGAAAAAUGGGUAAUUUUAAAAGCUGGAGGCUUUGUAUAACACAAACAUUCUGUAUUUGCAUCAAAUUUGUAUCUCCUUUUGCUCCCUUGUAUUAACUAUCUUAAGAAGCAAUAUAUAACAUAUUAGUAUAUUACUGUCAUAUCUAAUUUGUUCCAUAAAUAUUCACUCAACAAUAAUAUGAAAGACUUUUUCUAAGCUAAUAAAAUACUUUAAUUCAUA